AUGAGGAGCCCCAUCCUGUGGUAUCAAGCCAGGAAGACUAGGGUUGCUGGGCUAUUAAGGCUUUGGCAUACUGCAGCUUUGGCAGUUUUCAUCUGUGAAGAGGAAGCCCCUUGUGCCAGCCCUGUGUUGCUUAGUUUUGGUUUCCAGGAUUUUAUUCUUGAGAGGCUUCUGUUUUGAAACUCCUAAUUGCAAUUUGCAGAGACUGUUAUUCAUCUUGAGAUGGAAGAGUCAGUGCUGGAUAAAUUGCCAUCAUUGUGCAAUACUCCAAAGGAUUCUGGGGCAGCACCUGCACAGAGGACUAGUUCAGGGAAACAGCAAAUGAGUGCAGCUCUGAGGGAACGACUAAGGAAAACAAGACGUUCAUUUAAUGCCAAUUUCACAGUGGCAAAGCGCCUCAAAAUAGACACGGAAGAGAAAGACACUGCUGGUGCUGACACAGGGUGCUUGCCAGAGACAAGUACGGACUGUUCCACAUUACAAGAUGGGUCUGAAAACCUGGAAGGAAAUGGCACUGGACAUACAUGUUUCAAAAGUCCCGCACAGGAGAGUGAUCCCUGUGGAUCAGCAGAGAAUUUGAAUGUGCUACAGGAUGAUCUUGGUCAGCAGCAGUCCCUUGAAGAAAAAGUAAAGCUGAUGAAACAAGUACGGGAGAAGGAAGAGCUGCUUCGUAGGCUCAGACUGGUGAAGAUGUAUCGAUCCAAGAACAACCUGUCUGAGCUGCAGGCUUUGAUAGCAAAGUGGAGAAGUAGCACCCAGCUGAUGCUGUAUGAGCUGCAGUCAGCCUUUUCUGCAGAUGGCAAGAAAGUGAGUCUCACUCAGCUCAUCGAUACUUUUGGGUUAGAAGACCAAUUACUGCACUACAGCAGAACAGAAGAGGAUUUUGUAGAUGCAUAA